AUGGUAAGUUAUUUUAGUUUGAUUUCAAAUCUGCAUAUUGAUACUGUUCAAAGUGACUUAUCUGACCGACGAGAAGUCCAAAAGCAAGAAGGUGAAGCUUUUGCCCGUGAAAACGGAAUGAUAUUCAUGGAGACAUCAGCUAAAACAGCUGUUAACGUCGAAGAAGCAUUUAUCAAGACAGCUCGUGAAAUUUGCAAUAAAAUUGAAGAAGGCGUCUUUGAUCUCACGAAUGAAAUGUCUGGCAUUAAAAUUCCUCGCAAACGACCUAUUGAGAAUCCAAAUGCUCGUAGUAAUGCAAAAUUAAAUCAAAGUAGUGGUUGUUGCAUGAAAAAUGAGCGCACAUCGUAA